AUGGCAAUGGGAAAUAAUACCCAAUGCUGGAUACAGCGGCUCCAAAAUGUCCACCACUGGACCAACCUAGCUUUGCGGGAGCAAGACUGGCUUCAACGGACUGGACGCAAUGAAUCUACGCCAUGCUCAGGGCCCCAUCGUUUCGGAACCAUGUCUGCCUUUAUUCAAGAAGAAGGAUUGUCCGACAAUCACAACACCAAAAAGGCUCUCCAACAUGGACGCAGGCUGGUGCGCUUUGAAUGUGAAUUUGGACAUGGAAUUACGCUCCUUUGGUUACCCGUCCUUCCCGCCUUGCGCGGUCUAUCCUUGUCUGAAGAAGUCCGAACAAUGGAAAUGCUGCGAGGCGGUGACUUUGCAUACGUCACACAUUGGGCGCGACGUCUAACUCGCCUGAGGCUCAACUACCAAUGUAUCCAUGGAAUCUAUCCCGGUAAGCUACAUGGACAAUCUGCCUAUAUUCCCUAG